AUGGAUCCGUUCAAUGUUUACGGCCCCAACAACGAUCCCAGUCGAUUGUUUGUCCAAAUGGGCCCUACGGUGAAUUUUGACAACCACGGCGUACCGGCCCACAUGGUUGGGGCUUUCGAAAAAUCAGCGCGGCCUGAAGUAAUCAAUCUGGCCCCCGUGCAACUUGGUGACGUCUCGCUAGCGGGGAACCCUUUGCGUUUAAAUCAGAACAUGGGAAAUCACUUCCAGAAAGCCGCGUUCGGCGGUAGUAGUCCACCGGACAUCCCCGCGGAAUACAGGGGCAAGGCCCAGGGUAUCGACCCAGAGUUGCAGAACCCCGAAGUCCGAUCGGCGAUGCAACACGCGGGCGAGGGCGAUCAUGAGGACGCCGUGCCUCUCAAAGACAGACCAUACAAUAAUCUGCAGACGUCGAGAGAGCAAGAACACCCUGCCUUCGAAUUUUCGGGCGGGCUCUCCGGUGACGCCAUGCUGCAGAAAGCGAUGAACCAGAAAGCCACACACGUUAGGAAAGUUCCCUCUGACGUAAACGACAUCACUGAAACAGCGUACCGAUCGCGCUCCACCAGCCUACCCAGGAAACGAACCAAAGCGAAAAAAACGAAUUACCACGAUGAUGAAGAAGCCGAGAGCCACCCACCUGCGAGGAGCGUGAAGAGGAAGAAGAAAUACUCCCGAACUAAGGCCGAGGAGCCGGAGGAUUCCGAAGAGCAAGACCAAGGUCAAGGUCGGAGACUCUUCAACAUUCAAUUCGGUGGCGGUGGCGGAAGCAGCAUCAGCGCCGGCUCGGGGGGUAGGAAGACGAGUAAAUCAUCGGGCAGACGGAAGCCUCCACCUGCCUCCCACGAAGACGAGGAAGAAGAACCCGCCCAAGAGAGUCGACGUUCGUUAUUCAGAGUUCCUUUCCGAGUGUUCCGAGGUGUCACCCUGAAUAGAGGAGACGACGGAGCACUCGCUUUCAACAUAAAUUUGGGAUAA